CACAUAUCUUUUGUUAUACCAAUUAUAUUAUUUUUCCUAUCGUGCUUGUUGAGAAAACGGAAAUACAUAAUCUUACAAUAUUUUAUAGAUAAGAUAGCAUUAUGAAGCAAUCUCACGCUUUGUUUCUUCUACUCGUUCAAGUCAUUGUUCUUUUGCCUCUCCAUUGUCUAUCCGACGAUUUUGUUAGCUCUAGAGCUACUUAUUAUGGCAGCCCGGACUGCAAAGCAAAUCCUCGAGGACAUUGUGGAUAUGGAGAAUUCGGAAGAGAUAUCAAUAAUGGUGAAGUGAGUGGUGUUUCAUGGCGACUAUGGAACAAUGGAACCGGCUGUGGUGCUUGUUACCAGGUGAGGUGCAAAAUACCACCACACUGCAGCGAGGAAGGAGUAUACGUAGUGGCUACGGACUCCGGCGAAGGACAUGGUACGGACUUCAUCUUAAGCCCUAAGGCGUACGGACGUAUGGCCCGACCAGGCACAGAGAAUCAGCUCUACUCCUUCGGCGUGGUGGACGUUGAGUACCAGAGGAUCCCUUGCCGGUACGCAGGGUAUAACCUGGUGUUUAAGGUCCAUGAGAAAAGCUAUAAUCCUCAUUAUCUUGCCAUCCUUGUUUUGUACGUUGGUGGUGUUAAUGACAUCCUCGCCGUUGAAGUCUGGCAGGAGGAUUGCAAAGAGUGGAUACGUAUGAGAAGAGUGUUUGGUGCAGUUCACGAUUUACAAAACCCACCAAGAGGUGCUCUCACAUUGAGGUUCUUAGUCUACGGAAGCGCCGGUAUCAAUUGGGUCCAAUCACCAAACGCUAUUCCCGCCGAUUGGACAGCCGGAGCCACUUACGACUCCAACAUUCUACUUACUUAAAUUCCAUAUCAGUGUGUUUAUAUAUAUAUAUUUUUAUGUAUGGUUUCUCUAUGUAAUGGCUAAUACGUAUAUUUAAAUAAUGCCCCCCUAGACCAAUGAUAAUAAAACAAUCGUAGUAUAGAUUCAUAUAGUUUAUGUAUUGUAUCCGUUAAAGAAAAAUGUAAUGAUUUGUAUGAGUUCGAUUUCCAUGGAAUAAAUCAGUAAUAAAAUAUUAAAUUUAACA